GAAAUGGUGGAGUUAGUGAAGGAAGAAUGGCAGGAAUAUUAUCGCCAGCAGUAUUUACAGGAAAUUGGCGAAACCGAGGAGCAAGAGAAAAAAACUGCCAAGGAAAACAAUCAGCGAGAGAAAAUAAAAACUGGGGUGAAGUUGGAGGAAAGGCAAUAUGAGAAAGAAGCUGGGGGUUAUCGUCCGGUCGGGUUUUAUAAGCAGAGGCAAGAAAUUUUUAUUUGCGGGAAUUGUUCGAAAGAGUUAAAGGGGUCUUUGCGGAACGGACGAGCCAAAAACCGCAAUAAUCCCGUGUUUUGGGGAUUGGAAGUGGAGGAGAAAAUUCUUUGUUUGGAGUGUGUGAAAAAUAAGUAUUACGAAGUAAUAAGUAGGGAGAGGAAAAAGGUUUUACGGAAGUAUUUAAAAAGGGGCGUUUACGCUGAGGCAUCUCCUCUAAUCUUUUUCCCAAGCAAUUCCCGCAUAAAGCCUUUUUCUCCGGCAAGAAAAGCAUCAAGAAUAAUAACCAACCCCGAAAUCGCCCAAAGGACCAAGAACACGAAAGGGUAA